AUGGAGGACAAGCGGAACCCAGACGACGAGCAGAUGCUGGCGGAAGUCAGAGUGCCGCUGAAAUCCGCCGACAGCGGCGACGAGGGUUUCUGGGCUGACGCGCAGGAGGUGUCGGAGGAGCUCCAGAAGGGCCCAUCUCGUGCAGCGAAGGUCUAUACAAUGCGAGGCAAAUAUAAACAGUAUUUCCUGAGGAUAACGCCCGAUGGCCAAUGUACGAGCCAACCCGCGAACCUUAAGGUUUCGGUUGAGCGGACUCUGGAGAUAGUGGUUGAAGGCGUAAGUGGCAGCAUAUUUUUUCUCAUCUAUGGAGUUUCUUGA